AUGUGGGAUCGAGAAGCAGCACCUGAGAUACUGGGUGAGAACAGAGUGCGUCCGACCCUCCUGCUUCCUUUGUGGAAUAUAGCAAAGGCUUUAAGUGGAGUAACGUUAAAUAUCACAGACGACUGGAAAAGUCUUCAUGGAAAAUCAUUGGUCAAAAGAUGUGGGAACCGAAAAAACGGAACUGGCGCCACGUUCGUUCUGAGUAUCUCAGAGCACUACAACAGCCAGAUCAGAACUCUUAUGGAGAAAGAUCCUGAGAAGUACACAGAACUGCUACAGAUCAUUAAAGAAUUUCAGGAUGAUGAAAUGAAGCACAAUGACACCGGACUGGAGCAUGAUGCUGAAUCAGUAAGUCUGAAUAAUGCCAUAUAA